CAAAAAUUUGAACUGCUUGCUUUCAAAAUUAUAACGAAUUUCUGAAGCAAAGAAAUAAAACUGAAUUGUAUAAUUUCACUGACGAAUUUUAAUGUUUUUGUAAUAAAAACAAAAUAGUUUUCAGUGAUCAUUGUGUAGUGUUUUAUGUGUGAUAUAUCAAGAUGACGUCCGAGAAAGGAUGCAGAAAAGAUAAAAAUCAAAACAUUCAAGUGUUCGUGAGGCUAAGGCCUCUGAACCAGAGGGAGCGUGACAUCAAGUCCUUGGGAGUGGUGGAAGUUGCCAAUGGCCGGGAGGUGGUGGUGCGUCAGUCUCAGCAGAGCAUGCACACUAAGAGGUUCACCUUUGACCGAGCCUUCCCUCCGCAUUCCAAACAGGUGGAAGUAUACCAAGAGGUGGUGAGUCCGUUGAUAGAGGAGGUGCUAGCGGGGUACAACUGUACCGUGUUUGCAUACGGGCAAACAGGCACGGGCAAGACUCAUACCAUGGUCGGCGAAGCAGCUGCUGAUGAAUCCACUUGGCAGACGGACCCCUUAGCCGGUAUAAUCCCGCGCGCUCUCAGCCAACUGUUCGACGAGCUCCGUAUAUCCAACACGGAGUACACAGUGCGGGUGUCUUACCUGGAGCUGUAUAACGAGGAACUGUUUGACUUGCUCUCGGGCUCCGAGGACAACUCCAAGCUGAGGAUCUAUGAGGAUGUCACGAGGAAGGGCGCUAACAUUGUCAAUGGCUUGGAGGAAAUAACCGUAUACAAUAAGAAUGAAGUAUACAAGAUAAUGGCGCAAGGGCAGGAGAGAAAACGCGUAGCUUCCACCCUCAUGAAUGCUCAAUCCAGCCGUUCACAUACUGUAUUCACGAUCGUGGUGCACAUGAAAGAGAACAGCCCGGAAGGUGAAGAGUUAGUCAAGAUCGGCAAACUCAACUUGGUGGACUUGGCCGGCUCAGAAAACAUCAGCAAGGCGGGGUCUGACAACCCUGCUAAGAAGGAGCGAGCGAGAGAGUGCGUGAACAUCAACCAGUCCUUGCUGACCCUGGGCAGGGUCAUCACGGCAUUGGUGGAGCGACACCCACAUAUACCUUAUAGGGAGUCUAAACUGACCCGUAUCCUACAAGAGUCCCUCGGCGGUCGUACAAAAACCUCCAUCAUAGCGACCAUUUCCCCGGGCCACAAAGAUCUGGAGGAGACCAUGAGCACUCUGGAGUACGCCAACCGCGCCAAGAACAUCCAGAACAAGCCGGAGAUCAACCAGAAGAUGACCAAGAAGGCUAUCCUCAAGGAAUACGCGGAGGAGAUUGACAGGCUGAAGAGGGAUCUGUAUGCUGCCAGAGAAAAGAAUGGUGUAUACUUAGCCAACGAGACGUUCACGGAGAUGACUCUCAAACAAGAGGAGCAACGCAAGGAGAUCCAGGAGCUAUUGCUAAAGAAGCGCGCCAUGGAAGAGGAGAGAGAUCGUAUGGAGAGUGUGUUCAAGGAGCUUAGCGAUAAACUCGAGGACCAUCAAAAUAGGCUCAGCAAAACUGUUAACCGGCUGUGCAUCACUGAAAAUGCGCUUGCUAAUACUACUAACGUGUUAAAUACGACAAAGUUACACUAUGAAGAGCAAAAGUACCUGGUGAACAAACAAGCGGAGACGGAGAGCAUUCUGUCGUCGCAGGCUAAGCAGCUGCUAGCCGCGGCCGAAGCCGCCUCCACCGAUGCAAGCAAAUUGCUGGAAACUGUUGAUAAGCGCAAAUCCGUAGAGUCAACGAAUUUAGAGGUAACGAAGACAUACCGAGAGGUAUCGACGCAACACCGCAGCAACAUCGUCGCUGGCACUGACAACUUCGUGGCUUCGGUUAUUAGGAGCCUGGGGGAUAUUCAGACUGCUUUGGAGUCAUACACCAAAGACAACAUUCAGAUGAACAGCGAAAACAAACAAAAACUGGAUAACCUAGUCCAGCACUCCAUGGACACUUUGAAUAGGAUAUCAUCUCUGAAGACCACAGUGCAAGACGACACCAGUAAAACAACGGAGCGCCAUUCUGCUCAGUUUCGCGAUGCGCUCAACCAGAAGACGGAGAACAUUGAGAGUGUUCUGGACAGAGUCUGCGCUAGCGUUGCGGCAUGCGUGCAGAAAGCCGGCAAACAUGACCUGACUGCCACUGUUACGGACUUCCUACAGCAAUGGCAAAAGAACGCAUCAACAAACGUGACGUCUUUACAAACCACACACGCGGCGUUCGAAACGAGCGUGCGAGCCGCCGCUGAGGGUCUCUUCAACUCGGCGCGACGACAGCAGCACGACAGAUACACGACGUGCCGACGACUGGAAGACGACAUACGACACGAGAUCGCGAGUGUCAAAGAAAACGAAGAAAGAACCAAACAAUACUUGGAAAGUCAAGUUCUAGAAAUUGAGCGUGAAAAAGAAGAAUUCGAAACGAUAUUCGCGAAACGGGCAGAAGAAGAAAGGAGACUUCUAGAAGAACGCUUGCAAAGACAAUGGACUACCGAAAAAAACUUUCUAGACGAUAGAAUUAAAAAGAAGUUAAAUGUUAUAGAAGAACAGAACAUACUUUUCGAAAAGAGAACUAAUAAUACUGUGAAGUGGCUGAAUGAGAAAUUGAAAGUUUAUGAACAAGAGAUAGAGAAGUGUAAAGAAGAUUUCUCAGAGUGUGAGAAGAAGUUAGACACUUGUUUGAGUGGUUUUGUGGACCAGUGUGAAACAGGUUGUGCGGCGAUCACUUCCAAUGUGGACAGUUUAAGCGCUGAUGCAGUCAACGUGGUAGACAAAGUAAAGACUGACUUAGUAUCAGAUUUGCAGCAGGCUCAGACCAAAAUUCAGGAUGAAACUUCAUCUCUGAAGCAAGAAAAUAAACGUUUUAUGCGCCAGUUAGCGGACGACUCGGAUAAGAUGUUGCAGGCGGUGCUGCAACACUACCAUCGAACCAUCGACGCCCUCGCCGGGGAAGUUAACGGCAUCACAACUACAACAAUAGAAGAUCUAUCCUCCAUAUCGACCGGCGUAGCUAACCUUGCGUCCUCGUGCCACUCACACGAAAACCAGCAGAAACUGACGCUGACUACCACUUACCGGGAAAUAGAACAGUUCUAUGGCAACCUGAGGGAGGAAGUGGCGAAGCUUGAAGAGUUGGAGACCAGGUGUUUGAAUCAGGAGUACGCGGUCUAUAACCCCUCUGGCAACACUCCAGUGCGUGCAGAGUACAGGUACCCGCGCACGUUGGCCGCCACGUCGCCGCACGAACGUAUCUUGACCCGGUUUAGGGCUAUGCGACAGAACAGCAACGACGAAGAUUGUAUCCUAAUAGAGAACGAUGGCGAAGCCCGAAGCGAUACGGAGUCUUCGGCAUCCGAAGACAGUGUCGCCUUCGCGGCCCCCUCCCCGCCCACCGAUAACCAAAACCACAACCAUAGCGUCAGCAACCACAACCUGAGCUCGAGUAACCACAACCACAGCGCGCCGAUAGUUAAGUGCACUUCCGAAACCGACAUAUACCUGAGACGACGUCUACAAGACCAGCAAGGCAAAGAGAACUCCAGCACUACUUUAAACCGCAACGUGUCCUUCAAGAAGCCCUCCAAACUGCCCGCACCCGCGCCCGCGUCCCAAAAGAAACCCUUGUACGAGAGAAACGGCGACAACUGACAGAUAUACUAUAUCUUAUACGAAUAUUACAAUACCCGUGGCUUUGCCCGGUACGUAGAUAUAAAUUGAACUAGGUGAUGCCCGCGACUUCGACCGCACUUAUCGAGGUUUUAAACAGCCGUGGGAACUCUAUUAUUGGCGUUGAUUCUCUUGUUCUUCUCUUAACUAAGUUUAGAGUAUCCGCAUCUUUUUAAUAUGUGUUGUAUUGUUUAAUACUCUUCAAGUUACUUGCGAUCAGAAUCAGUACCAAUUAAUAGGGUAAUAGCUUAAUCCACCGGGAUUAAGCUAUUACCCAAUUAAGUCAAAAUCUGUUAAACGCAUGAACCAUGAACAAGUAACAGGAUAUACUUUCGCAUUUUAUAAUACCGCCAAGCGAUUUAGAGUUCCAGAACGAUGCCGUGUGAAACCAAAGGAGUAUGGGUUUAAUGAAAACUGCCAUACCCCUUCCAGAAUAGCCUGCUUCCAUCUUAGGCUGCAUAAUCACUUAUUACCUGGUGAGAUUGCAAUCAAGGGCAAAAAAUAAUGAUAUGAAUUAACUUUGCCGCGUGAUAUUCGGUACAAACUGUAGGGUUAAUACAACUAUGUUUUUGAUUUCGAAGAAUUGAUUUCUUUCUAACACUCUUACAAUCUUAUCUAUCUAAACAAUGUUAUAAAAAGAUAAACCGGCUCUAACGAUAAUAUACUUAAGUUUCUCUUAGUUUGCUUAAAAAAUACACAAAUCGCAAAAAUUUCGGAACAGCGCGUAAGUGAUGAGAUUUGCUCGGCGCUUUAGAACUUCUGUUGCUUUGAAAUAGUCCAAUGGAAAACCUGUUGGAAAAUAGUUCUUGUUUUCUUUUUGCAUGAUUGGCAUACUAAAAGACUUACAUAUUUUAUAAUGAAUUUUUACACCAAUUUUAGAAUCGUAUAUUUUAAGUUAGUACUUCAGAAAUAUCAUAAUUUCUAAGUUUAUAAUAAGCUUUUUUAUAUAUAUAUCAUUAAAUACGGCUUUUGAAAAACUACUAUGAUAAAUAAAUAAUUAUAUUAUGUUUUAGAAAUAUAUCCACCGAAGAUAGUUUAAAUUUAUUUAAUUUCUUAAUUUUUAUUUUUAAGCGAGCUGUAUUCCAUCAAGUAAUUUUUAGUUUAUUUUGCUUAAGGUGCAUCCAGAUCUGGUAACAUGUUAUAAAACUUGUUAUAUAACACGUAUAGAUUGUUUAGCGUUUUUAUAUAAUGUUACAAUAAGACGCUCCGCCCACGUCAGACUUUUUCAGACAGAUUAGAUAAAUAAAAUCAAGUCGAUAAUUUCGCUAACUUAGCAUAGAUUAUAUGGCCGACUUUUUGUAGGACGUGUGCGUUUCAACUUUGCAAUCUGUAUGUUACAUUUUUUUACCUACAAAAAACCGGUCACCGAUUGUCGGACGUGGGCGGAGCGCCUAAGUUUGGAUCCAUCGUUACUCUAUCGUCUCAUAAUAGACUUCAAGUCAGUUGACAUAACUGCCUACUGCCUGAGCAGUUCGCGUGCAGUCAGUGUGCAGUAAUUAUCGUAGUGUAAACUGCACGCGACAGUCAGGGUUCAAUAAACGAUUGUAAUAUUAAUAAUGUAGCUAAUGACAAAAUAUUUGAAUUUUUUUUUUAAUAAUAAGUUAUGUUAUAACUUUAUAAUAGUAUUAUUUCAAUAUGAGUGAAUAAAUGACUAAGCAU